AGUCAACCUCCUAACCGUCCUGGGCUAGCUAAGGCGUGCAGCGGCGAUCAGUAUUGUGUACCAUCCCUGCUUUCUCUACUCCUUCGCAACCUGAUCUAACGCUGCUGCUCUCGCCUGCUUUCUGCGUCGGACUAUGUCUAUCCUUCCAGCGCCGGUUACGAUGUCUACUUCGAAGUUCCGCCUCGGCAAGCGCAGCACCCUCAACCAGACAACUUUGCAAAUGUCCCAUUCCAUACCGUCUCUUCUGUCAAGUCCUGCUUCUUCUUUAUACCGUUUGAGCCGUGUGUACUCUGAGUCUCAAGAACUCGGCUGGUGCUCAUCGCCUACCCCUGCCUACCCCUUCGCCUUGCGGAAGCCACUCGUUUCCACGACUACCUCAGAAGACAGUCUACGCACUCUGACAGCCUCUCCUCCGCUCCAAAAGCCUUUCGAGGGACCGUGCUUCGACGGCGACAACGCGUUCACGCAAUUGACCAAACUUGAGGACGUGAUCUCUGUCGGCCUGUUCGAGCGCGUGGAACAGCUCACUUCAGUGAUGGAUAAGAUGCAAGAAGAGCAGGAUGCCCGUCAGAGUGCAGAGAACGACCUCAGGCGCGAAAUUCAGAGCCUUCUAGAGCAGAACAACGACUUGACCCUCAAGCUGACGCACCUCGAAAGUGUCGCGCGCAAUCCGGUCAAACACAUCAAUGACUGCGUAGAUGCUGCCAUGAUAGCAUUGGAGAAUGAAAAAGGGCUCCGGCGUGAUAUGGAAGCCAAGGCUCGGCGAGCGGACGACAGGGCGAACUCGCUUCUGACAGAGAAUGCCCUUUUGCUGCAAGCCAAAUUGGCGCUCGAGAAGCAAAUAAACGUCGAGGCACAGAUGUGGCAGGAGAAGAUCGCGGACGCUCAAGAUAUGCAGGAGAUAGCCAUGGCCAUUUUCGAUCACUUCGACGCCCUGCAGAAGGAGGUUGACGAGCUGAAGAAAGUGAUGCAUACGUUCGCCAGAGGAUCAACUUCAGCAAUCGUCCAGGAUCUGCAGAUCGUCCUCAAAAAGACGCAAGAUGAACUGGAGCUUUACAAGAAACGCGAGGCGCUUGCCAUCCUCAACGACAAGGAGAAUCGCAUUGGAUCCCGGAACACGAAAGUACUCGACGAGAUGCGCAAGUCGACCAACGCGAUACGGCGACGGUCACAGCAAGGCGAGAGCACCAACGCCCAAGGUCAAUCGGUGCGGCGUUCUGUGUUUUCGACUAUUUCAAUUAAUUAG